GCCGCUUCUGUUGUGACUCGGGCAGCCUAUCCCGAGGGUGGGGAGCUUCGGAGGAGCCAGAGCCGAGCUGCACUCCGCAGCAUCACGUGUCGGGGUGGGGGCUAUAAAAUCCCGGAGCCGGGGCGUCGGGCGGGGGACUUGAGGACCAGCCCUCUCCAGGGACCCCUUUGUUCGCAGUCCAGGCGCCGACACCUCGGCGUCCCCAAGGGCUUGACCGCCUGCGUCCGCGCCGCGCCCGGGGCCAGACUCUGGACAGGAGAGGGGAGGGGGCCCCCACGACCAGCCGGGUCCUCCAGCCACCCACCCCUCCCGACAUGUCGCGCUCCUUCUAUGUCGACUCGCUCAUCAUCAAGGACUCCUCACGGCCCGCGUCCUCGCUUCCCGAGCCGCACCCCGGGCCAGAUUUUUUCAUCCCGCUGGGCAUGCCGUCCCCGUUGGUGAUGUCCAUGUCCGGGCCGGGCUGCGCGUCCCGCAAGAGCGGCGCGUUCUGCGUUUGCCCGCUCUGCGUCACUUCGCACCUGCACUCCUCUCGUGGGCCCGCGAGCUCCGGCGGCGGGAACGCAGGGGCCGGGAGUGCAGGGGCCGCGGGUGGCGGAGCGGCAGGAGCCGCCGGGGCCCUGCCCCUGCUCAAGAGUCAGUUUUCUUCGGGUCCUGGGGACGCACAGUUUUGCCCGCGCGUGAGCCACGCGCACCAUCACCACCACCCGCCGCAGCAUCACCAUCACCACCAUCAGCCCCAGCAGCCCGGCUCGGCUGCAGCAGCAGCGGCGGCCGCUGCGGCAGCGGCGGCGGCCGCGGCGGCCUUGGGGCACCCGCAGCACCACGCACCUGUCUGCACCGCCACCACCUACAACGUGGCGGACCCGCGGAGAUUUCACUGCCUCACCAUGGGGGGCUCGGACGCCAGCCAGGUACCCAAUGGCAAGAGGAUGAGGACGGCGUUCACCAGCACGCAGCUCCUGGAGCUGGAGCGGGAAUUCUCUUCCAACAUGUACCUGUCUCGACUCCGGAGGAUCGAAAUCGCCACGUACCUGAAUCUGUCAGAGAAGCAGGUGAAAAUCUGGUUUCAGAACCGCAGGGUGAAGCAUAAGAAGGAAGGGAAGGGCACGCAAAGGAACAGUCACGCGGGCUGCAAGUGCGUUGGCAGCCAGGCGCACUUCGCGCGCUCCGAGGAUGAGGACUCCUUGUCGCCGGCCUCGGCCAACGACGACAAGGAGAUUUCCCCCUUAUAAGGGAGGGCCGCACCCCCCCCCCCC